AUGACGUCACAAAGUUCCAAGAAUAAUGACAAUUCAAGCUUGUCGGUGGACGAGGGGUCGGGCCUCCAGACAGCUCCCAAAACACCCGCGCUGGUCAUAAGAGAUCUCUCUGAAUAUGAAGACCUGUCAAAGGAUCUUCGAAAUGAUACUGAACUACGAAAAGAGUUUUUGGCGACAUUCACAGCUGAAGAAGAGAAAGCGAUUAUGAGAAAAGUAGACAAUUGUUUUCUCAUUCUCAUUGGUUUCAUGUUCAUGUUCAAAAAUAUUGAUUUCUCAAAUGUGAGCAUUAUUAAAACAAUGCAGGCAGGGACUCCAAACAACAUCAUGGCCGAGUUGGGGUUCACUCCAGACGCCUAUAACUGGGUUGGGACUAUCCAAGGAAUUCCAUAUAUUAUAUUUGAGCUACCUAGCAACCUUCUGCUCAAGUGGAUGACGCCCCAUUCCAUGGAGUCACGCAUCUUCUUGACGUGGGGCAUUGCCACGGCGUGUUGUGCAGCUGUCCAAACAACCAGUCAGCUGCUCGCGUGUAGAUGGCUUGUUGGAAUGUUUGAAGCGGGGAUGUUUCCAGGCGUCAUUACCACACUAUCUUACUGGUAUCGAACUGAUGAAGUCGGUCGACCAAUACUAUGGUUCUUUUGGAUCUCCCAAUUCUCAACUAUAGUCGGUUCCCUUAUCUGCUACGGCGCAAGUUACAUGGAUGGUUUACGCGCGCUAAGCGGAUGGAGAUGGGCAUUUAUCCUAGAAGGUGUUGCUACAAUCAUUUUCGCGGGCAUUAUCUUCUUCCUACUUCCUGAUUUUCCUAAAUCGCCUCGCAGUAGCAAGUGGCUUACGCCCAGGGAGCAGCAAUUUAUCGAAGCACGCCUUCCACCGAAUGCACCAGCCACUGGCGACCCGAGCUGGAAGACCAAAGAUGCAUGGGUGGCCUUCAAAAGCCCGACGACUUGGGCGUUCCUCUUUGACCAGACGCUGAUGAAUCUCUCUCUGUACGCCUUGAAUUGGUACAUGCCGACAAUCAUUGCUGGGCUGGGAUUUGCGAAGCUUCCUGCCAGUCUGCUGCUCAAUAUUCCUCCAGCUUUUGCAGCAAUUUUGGCCAUGGUGCUUUGUGUGCUUGUAACAUCCCGUGCUUUGGCUCCAAGACCGCUGCUAUGUGUGUUUGUUGUUUUAGGAUCUAUCAUAUGUUACAUUCUCUUCUUCACAGUAAGCGGAUCAGGUGGACUGUACGCAGCAUGCAUACUGAGUCAGUUCUUUACGUCUUCUUAUUACGUGCCAUACUGGUCCUGGAGAACAUCUAUCAUGUCGGGCUCGACCGGAGCCGCGUUCGCUAUUGGCCUACAAAGCAGUGUUGCUCAGCUCGGUGCCGCGAUUGGACCUCAGUUCUUUCAGCAGAAAUGGGCAAGCGACCGAUAUCGUAACAGCUUCCUGAUAGGCACUGCAAUCACGCUGGCAGCUUUGGUUACAAAUCUCUGGACAUGGUGGCUGACCCGUGACAUUGAGCGCCGAGUCAACCAGGUUCGAAAGGCCACUUUGAAAGCACGGAGGGAGGGUAAAGCAUACACUGGUAAUGAGGAUAUAGAUGUUUUAGGUGAUCGAAAGAUCAAGAGUAAUUCUUGGUGGUGA